AUGGGCCUGGGUUUUGGGCAAAGGUACCGGUCCAGUGGUGAGACCGGCUUGCGGCAGGGGAGAAACUGCCAUCCAUCAUGCUUGACUGGUGAGGAAAUUUUUUCUCUGCAUGGGAUACUGAACAACAGCCACGUAUCAAAUUCAAGCUUCUCUACAAUAUGUCCUGCUGUUUUGCAACAGCUAAUUUUUCACCCAUGUGAUCGUCAGGAAAACUUUGUGGAUACAUCUAAACCACAUUCUUCACAAGUUUGGGGAUUUGGGUUCCUGGCUGUGACUAUCAUUAACUUGGCAUCACUUCUGGGAUUGAUUUUAACUCCCUUCUUAAAGAAGUCAUAUUUCCCCAAGGUUUUGACCUACUUUGUGGGCUUGGCCAUCGGUACUCUCUUUUCUAAUGCAAUUUUCCAGCUCAUUCCAGAGGCAUUUGGGUUUAACCCCAAAGUCGAUAACUAUAUUGAGAAAGCAGUUGCUGUGUUUGGUGGAUUCUAUAUUGUCUUCUUUGUGGAAAGGAUUCUUAAAGUGAUAUUGAAGAUCUAUAACCAGGGUGGCCAUAAUGACUCUGAAAAUGGUGAACAGAAUUGUUCUCAGGAUAAGACUAAUCCACCCAAACCACUGUCAUCCAGCAAUGGGGGAACGUGUUAUGCAAAUUCAGCCGUCAUAGAGAGCAAAGGAGAUCUUGGUUUUGACAGCAUCAGUGUGAUCUCAGCACAGGAAGAAGCCACCCAAGGCGGCUUGUGCAAGUGUCUUAACGGGCGUCCACUGUCAAAGAUUGGGACCAUUGCUUGGAUGAUAACACUGAGUGAUGCCGUACAUAAUUUCAUAGAUGGUUUGGCUAUUGGUGCUUCUUUUACUUUGUCUCUGCUUCAGGGGCUUAGUACCUCCAUAGCCAUCUUGUGUGAAGAGUUUCCUCAUGAACUGGGGGAUUUUGUCAUCUUGCUUAAUGCAGGAAUGAGUACUCGGCAGGCUCUGUUUUUCAACUUCCUGUCUGCAUGUUCCUGUUACGUUGGGAUGGCUUUUGGCAUAUUAGUAGGCAACAACUUUGCUCCUAACAUCAUCUUUGCCAUAGCGGGUGGAAUGUUCCUGUACAUCUCUCUGGCAGAUAUGUUCCCAGAGAUGAAUGAUAUGCUGCGAGAAAAAGUGACGGGAAGAAAGAUGGAUCUCACAUUCUUCCUGAUUCAGAAUGCUGGGUUACUAACGGGGUUUACUGCUAUACUGAUGAUUACCUUGUAUGCAGGAGAUAUUGAGCUGUGAUAAUGCAAGUGAAAAUGGAAUCACUACUGAAGACAUCACGUAAAUUACAAACAGAAGACACUUGAAAUCCUUAAAGGGACAUUCAUUUAAUCUACUUGGUUUUGAAACGGUGACAAGUCCCAUCCUGUCCCCCUUGCUCCAAAUACAGGGAAUUCUUCUUUAGUCCAAAUAGUAGGAGCUGUCAACUUCUGUACUAUGCCAGAGAACCAAUUCUAAUAUUUUUAUUUCUACUUAAAAUUAUCAGACGUGUCUGAACUGUCAUAGACAAAGGAUGUUACUUGGCCAGUAGAAUUAUGCAAUACAUGCAACUACAUGCAACUCAAGACCAAAUGAAACCUGAGGUCUUCAAGGAAGAUGCUUAUUUAAUAGAAAAUAAUGGAGUCUCAUACCCUUUUUAAACUGUGAUGAAGGCAAGCAGUUUGAAAGCUGGUUAAUUUUCAUGACUUUUGUUGCAGGAUUUGUCUUUGUAACAUUCCUCCCCCCUUCCCCCCCAAAAUUAAACUAUUUCAGAGUAGGUGCUAAUGAAGCUAAGAUUUUUAAUUUCUAAUUAACACUGGAAGGAAAGAUACCAGUUACUGCUUUUGAUCUUUUCUCUUUAUAAGUGCACUAGGGAAUUGUUGAUUUAUUUUGAGAACCACUUUUUUUAAUU